AUGAAACCAAGUCAGAUCUUCCAAGAUAUUCUUGUAAGUUCUUUCUCAAGAAGAUUACUACUUCAUACCCAUACACUUGAUCAAUCACCAACUCCGGCACCAUCCCCAAAUGCAGAAGAUAAUAACUUCGAUGCAAAUGUUGUUAUGGUCCUAUCAGUCCUCUUGUGUGCACUCGUUUGCUCACUUGGACUCAAUUCUAUAAUAAGAUGUGCCUUGAGGUGCUCCAAUAUAGUACCAUCCGAAGCUGGUGAAAACCAAGCAGCUCGCUUGACCAACACAGGAGUCAAACGAAAAGCCCUGAAGCGUUUCCAGACAGUAAGUUACUCUGCUGAUUUGAAUCUGCCUGGCCUAGACACCGAGUGUGCCAUAUGCCUCUCGGAGUUUGUGUCCGAAGAGCGUGUGAAGCUGUUGCCGACAUGCCACCACGGGUUCCAUGUCCGGUGUAUAGACAAGUGGCUUAGUGCACACUCGUCCUGUCCCACCUGCAGGCACUGCCUCAUCGAGACCUGCGAGAAGAUCGCUGACUGCAGCCAAACAAGCUCUUUAAACUCUAGUCAACCACCACAAGACAGCAUCGUCGUGCAAAUAGCACCACUAGAACCGGAAAGAUGGAUACGGUGUUUUAGGUGA